AUGUCACGCCAUUUGAUUUCAUCAACAGCCACCCGGGGCUUAUCUCAACCACAAACUUGCCGACUCUUCUCAACUUCCCGACCGACCUUGCUCCUCUCCGCAUUCUCCGGCGGCGAAGUCGCUUCUCGACGACCACACACUGCUACAACCAACGCACCAUCUCUCCGCCGCUCAACUCCACAGUCUUCGGUUUCCCGCUAUACCCGUCAACACUAUGUGUGUUUCUCUUCCUCGCCCAUCCGCCCGGCUACCAAGGUGACGCAAAAUCCGAGAACCGGAGAUGACGGAGAGCCUCUGACGAUGACUAUCUCGCCACGAGCUAUUGAACGUCUCCGCGAAAUCACAGAUCCAUCCUCUGCCCCUUCCGCCACCAAGGAAGACAACCCUUACCACCAUCUCCGUAUCACAGUCACCAGCGGCGGAUGCCAUGGUUUCCAAUAUCUGAUGUCCUUAGAAGGGGUUGACAAAAUUGACCCGGAAGAGGAUACCAUUUUUGAAGGUGAAGCAGACUCCGAGGGUGCAUCAGGGUCAGCUGGUGAGGCCAAAGUCGUCAUGGACGAGCCUUCGCUCGAGCUCCUGCAUGGCAGCACGGUGGACUAUACCACUGAGUUGAUUGGGAGCCAGUUUAAGAUUGUGGACAACCCGCGUGCAACAAGUAAUUGCGGCUGCGGAACGAGUUUCGAUGUCAGUGAUUGA